GCCCACGCCGCGCUCGCACCGAGUUGGUGCUCCGGGCGGGCGGCCCGGGGGUUUCUGCGGCGGCUGCCCCGGAGAUGCCGAAGCCGGCCGAGUCCUCAGAACCGAGUGGUUCUCUGCCGCCCGCCGGGGCGCCAGGAAGAUUCCCGGGACCACUGCACAGAGCAUGGAGAAUGAUGAACUUCCGCCAGCGGAUGGGGUGGAUUGGAGUGGGACUGUACCUGCUGGCCAGCGCGGCGGCCUUCUACUACGUCUUUGAGAUCAACGAGACGUACAACAGGCUGGCCCUGGAGCACGUCCACCAGCACCCCGAGGAGCCGCGGGCAGGGACCACGUGGACACAUUCCUUGAAGGCGCGGCUGCUCUCGCUGCCGUUCUGGUUGUGGACGAUUAUUUUCCUGGUCCCUUACUUGCAGAUGUUUUUGUUCCUGUACUCUUGUACAAGGGCGGACCCCAAAACAGUGGGCUACUGCAUCAUCCCCAUAUGCCUGGCCGUGAUCUGCAAUCGCCACCAGGCGUUCGUCAAGGCGUCUAAUCAGAUCAGCAGACUGCAACUGAUCGACACGUAGCCGGCUGUCCUUGGUCCGGAACUGCCAGUACUUCAUGGAGUUGACCGCAGGCUGCAGUUCUCGCAGAUCUCAGGAAGCUGUGGCGGGCAGCGGGUUUGUAAGGAAAUGUGACUGCAGGGCUGUAUCUGAGUAAUAAUGGCUUUUUAGGUAAAGCCGGAGGCACAGUACAACAAAAUCAUGUUGACGACUUCAGAUUUUUGGAGGUGAAAUUGUGUCUGUUAUUUGCAUUCUUUAGAAACUUGAAUAAGUACCUGAGCUUAUAUUUCUAUUCUGCUGUACAACAUAGUGAUGAUUCAGAAAAUUUUCCUUUGGGGGAAAAAAUGAAUAUAAACGUUUCCAUUGUGUUAAGUGUAUAAAAGGUCCAAACAUGGUCAUAAAGUUUAAAUUUUAUACAACUACUUGGCUUGCUUUACAAUUUCUCAAACUUAAAAAAAAACUGUCCUGUUGUAGCUAGGCCAACUGUUUAUGCUAUCAGUAGGAAACACUCACAUAAAAUUACUGAGGUGAUGGCUGU